CCGGGACGUUACCUGCUCUCCUGUUCUGCUCUGCUCUUUUCUAUACCCUGUUUUAUUUUAUUUUUUUUGUCUCUCUCUCUUUUCUCCUUUACUCCCGACUGCAGAGGAGACGCACAGAGUUAACAGAGGCUGAGCGACGUGAACAGAGACUCGGAGAAAGAGAGAGAGAGAGAGGGAGGGAGAGGGAGUGAAAAUCCAAAAAUCCUUUAUUGAAGGUCCAAACGGAACCAGGAGAUGUGGAUUGUUUCAUAGCCAAGAAAGUCUGCUUUACCCAGUGGAUUUCAGAAAGAAUGGAAUAACUGGACUUUGCCACCCUUUCACCUGGGAUAUUUUCUAUCUUGCGGUGGAAUUCUUCCUGUUUCACCUGCCGGAGGUGAAAAAGGAGGAGGAGGGAGGAGGAAAAAAGAAGAAAAAGGUAGAGAGUGAAGGGAGGAGGAGAGGAACGGUUUGGUGAGCUGGGAGAACCGUUCCAGUUUUUUUUUUUUUUUUUCUCCCUUUCCCCCCCUCUCGGAUGGGAUUCUUCCUUCAAGCCGCGGAUGGAGGGAUGAAACCGGGAGCGAAGAAGACGGGGGAGAGUGAGAAAGAGAGAGGAGGGAGAAAAAGAGGAGGAUGUAGUCGUCGGGCGCUGUGAGAAUGCAAAGCGGACGCACCCCUCUGGAAGACAGGAUUGAACUAUAAACCCAAACGGAAUUUACAGCCACCCAAAGGAUAUUACACACAUUUUACCUCGAUACGCACAUAUAUGGGGCAUAUUGUCUUGUCUGGAGCCUAUCUGUGUGGAGUUACAACUACCAUCACCACUGUCUUUGUAAUAAUGGGAUUUGGAGAGAUAAUUGCGCCCUGACACUCGGUGAACCAAGGAAACAUACACGGAAAGAGCUCCACAGCUGGCAGACAGUCACCGAGGAGGGCGGGCCCUGCAGUACUACGAUGAGUGAGAAAAAACCUGCAAGAAGAUUUUAGAUCUGCGCCCUCAUCCAUGAUGUUGUAGCCGUGGUAACAUGUGAAUCCUGAAGCAGAGUGUUAUUUGCUUUUACAUCUCUCAAGGUGUUGUGUCCAGGUAGGGGUGGUAACCAUGGAGAGGAUGUUGCUGUGUGUGAUGCUGGCAGUUGCCAUGGCAGUGCGGGCACAGAUCUGCCCGAAGCGCUGCGUAUGUCAGAUCCUGUCGCCCAACCUGGCAACCCUCUGUGCCAAGAAAGGUUUGCUGUUUGUACCUCCGAACAUUGACAGGCAUACAGUGGAGCUACGGCUGGCUGACAACUUUGUCACAAGUGUAAAAAGGAAAGAUUUUGCAAACAUGACACGGCUGGUGGAUCUAACAUUAUCCAGAAACACCAUCUCCUACAUCACACCUCAUGCCUUUGCUGAUCUGGAAAACCUCAGAGCCCUACACCUCAACAGCAACCGGCUGACGAGGAUAGGCAACGAUACGUUCAGCGGGAUGUCGAAGCUUCACCACCUGAUUCUGAACAACAACCAGCUGGUCCUCAUCCACCAGGGAGCGUUCAAUGACCUGCUGGCGUUGGAAGAAUUGGACCUCAGUUACAAUAACCUGGACUCUAUUCCAUGGGAGGCCAUUCAGAGAAUGACAAGCCUUCACACGCUGAGUUUAGACCACAACAUGUUGGACUUCAUUCCAGAGGGUACCUUCUCCCUUCUACAGAAGCUCAACCGGCUGGAUGUCACCUCUAAUAAACUCCAAAAGCUGCCACCGGACCCACUCUUUCAACGAGCGCAGGUUUUAGCCACGUCAGGGGUCAUGACCUCCUCUUCCUUUGCGCUGUCAUUCGGUGGGAACCCUCUCCACUGUAACUGUGAGUUACUUUGGCUGCGGCGGCUGAACAGAGAGGACGACUUGGAGACGUGCGCCACACCCCAGCACCUCUCCGGCCGGUACUUCUGGUCCAUCCCCGAAGAGGAGUUCCUCUGUGAGCCUCCGCUCAUCACCAGAUACUCCCACGAGAUGAGGGUCCUGGAAGGGCAGAGAGUUGCGCUCAGGUGUAAGGCAAGAGGGGACCCAGAGCCAGCCAUCCACUGGAUCUCUCCUGAGGGCAAACUGGUGUCUAAUUCCUCCAGAACGUUGGUCUACACCAACGGUACUCUGGACAUCCUCAUCAGUACCGUGAAAGACACGGGCUCCUUCACCUGCAUCUCGUCCAACCCCGCUGGUGAAGCCCACCAGACGGUAGACCUGGUCAUCAUAAAACUCCCCCACAUCUCCAACAACACCAACAACAUCCAGGAGCCCGACCCGGGAUCGUCGGACAUUUCCACGUCGACCCGAGGCGGUGCCAACGGGAGCAACGUGACCGGCGACGUGAAGGGCGGGGUGGACAAGAGGGUGGUGACGGCGGAGGCCACGUCGUCCACGGCGCUGAUCAAGUUUAACUUCCAGAGGAAUAUACCAGGCAUCAGGAUGUUCCAGAUACAGUACAACGGAAGCCAGGACGACUCGCUGGUUUACAGAAUGAUCCCCCCAUCGAGCAAGAACUUCCUGGUCAACAAUCUGGCGGCGGGGACCCAGUACGACCUGUGCGUUCUGGCCAUCUACGACGACGUCAUCACCUCCCUGACGGCGACGCGAGUGGUGGGCUGUGUGCAGUUCAGCACCGAGUCCGAGUACAUGAGGUGUCAUUUCAUGCAGUCCCAGUUCCUCGGCGGAACCAUGAUCAUCAUCAUCGGAGGGAUAAUAGUGGCCUCGGUGCUCGUUUUCAUCAUUAUCCUCAUGAUACGCUACAAGGUGUGUAACCCUGGCGAGGGCGGCAAAGGCGUCUCAAUGUCGAUGACCAACGUUCACUCACAGACCAAUGGGCAGCAGUCGCAGGGCUGCACCGUGACGCCCAGCGCCUCUAAACACGGCUCAAUCGGAUUAGACGACCUCUCGGGAGGCACAAAGAAAAGGAGCGGAGCGGCAGCAGCGGGAGGUAAGGAUACGAUGACUCAGUCGUCCGAGUCCUCCCUGCCCGACUGCUCCACGACUACGUCGGUCCUCAGCCAGGCCUGGGCCGCCAGGAGCCCGACAGCCGAAGCCAAGGAGCGGGAGAAAGCAGGCGAAGAGAGAGCUCAAAUCGCCAUCGCGUCGCCCACCAACGCCACCGGUUCCCUGCACAAGCCAAAGCGGAAGCCCGCUCCGAGCAAGCCCGGCUCGGCCUGCUCCAACGCGGCGGCGAUGGCAGAGAACCUGGCCUCCUCCUCUUCCUCCACCGUCUCCUCGGCCCUCCUCCCCACCUCCUCCCCCCUCCCCCUGGAGAACCUCAACACAAACCGCAACAACUCCACCUCUCUCAACCAAACCCCGCCUCCCACCUACGCCCCUUCACCUUACUCCAGCCUGCUCAGCACGCCGAGCCCGGUCCCGUCGGUGCGGUACCGAGAGACGCCCAUCCUGCGCCGGGCUCCUCGCGUCGCUUCCUCCUCCUCCUCCUCCUCCUCUGCCAAGUACCAGACUCUCCCCGUGGAGGAGGGAGGGAGGAGCCGGGCGAGGAGGAGGUACUCGCUCAGCGAAGGAGGCUCAAAGACUCACUCGUCCCAUCAGGGAGGAGGAGGAGGCGCGCCCAAAAUAGGGCGCAUAAUGCGGAACAAAAGGAGCCAAUCAAUGAGCGGGAUGCUGCUCCCUAAAGACGGGGACGGAGACUCGGACAAAGGGCGGUGCGAUUCUGACUGGAUCUUAGAAAGCACUGUUUGAACCGGAACGAGGCAGCGACCAUGAAAUAAACGUUUCAUUAUUGUUUAUCCUCCGUGUGAGUGCAAGUCUGCAGUGUGAGUGCUAGUUUGAAAUUGUUUAUAGGCGAGUGAAUGACGGUGUGUGUUGUUACCGUUUAGAAUGUGUGUUUUCAUGUUUGAAUUUUGUCUAUAGAUGUGCGAGAGGAUGAUCAGGUGUUUCUGGAUCAAGAGUGUGAGCGUACCUUUCUUUCUUUUUCAGCCUAUGUUUUUUUGUUUUUUGUUAUUUUCAUAACUUCUCUCCACAGUUCUUCAGUUUACAGUUUGUUUCUUGUCCACUUCGACGUUUUUUUUUUGUUUUGCAGUCGGUCAUUCAGCGAGUGGAUAACUUGCCUUGUCUCGUAGCGUCCUCGAGUUGUCUCGUUGGUUCCACUUUAUAGCACAAAAGAAAAAAAUACAAACCAAGACAAUGGGCUCGCCACGUCAUUCCCCAGUUCACGCUCACCUUAUCUGAAAAUACCACAAAAAGGGAAUAAAUACAGGAAAAAAAAAAAAAAGGGAAAAAAAAAAAAACUUAAAAAAAAAAAAACAAGAAAAGCACACCAUUGUUAACGUUCACACGCUCACAGAAAGUUUGCAUCCAUACCGUGGCAAGAGAAUAGCAGUCGGUGCCUUCUUUUGCACUAACAGACCGUCACUAACCGAUACCGGAUUUCUGACUCCACCACCUGCUCCACGGACGAGGGAUUGGGGACGGAGGGAACGAAGGAAGAGAGAGAUUUCACACAUAGCCUUUCUUACCUACUGCGGAGUACAGACCUUUUCUUGACAUAUAGAGACAAAAAAAAAAAAAAAAGUAACAAACAGAUGAAGACUUUAACGGACCUCUUAUGAAAUUGAUAUUUUUUAAAGGGAAGAAUUAAAAAAAAAAACAAACAAAAACCAAAAAAACAAACAAAAAAAAAGAACAAAAAAUAACAUGAGAACCUCGUGGGCUUUUCACUGACAUUGGUAUACGACAGCCUGUGUUGGUCACGAGCUCCCAGAAAGCUUCUGUACAGAAAAAGACAACAUGUACUGUGUUGUUAUGUUGUGUAAAAUAAAAAGGGAUAAAAC